GGUUUAUGGAAAUAAACCAGGUUUAUAUUCAACAAUAACCAUACCCUCUCAGUUACAUGAUUAUUUUAGUAUUAUGUGCGGUACGUAUACUGGUAUAUUUAUCCAGUUUCCCAGAUCGUUUGUUGUGACUGUGGUCAGUUUGAUGUAUACAGAACCGGGGCCAAAGACGAAAUACAUAAUUAGGGAUCAUAAUGCUGACCGCUGAUUGGCUGAAGAUAGCAGUGGUCAGUCAGUCCAAGUUCAGCAGCAGUAGCCAUUUUGUAGGCAGUAGAAUUGUGAAUUGAAAUACUUGAUUGGACUAAAAAUGGACUAAAACAACAUUUAAUCAUUAUCAAUUGAAAUAUCAACCUUCCGCUACACUUUUCGGUGGGCUCGUGUAAGUCUAGAUUCUACUGUUUACACCAGACAUCGUCGUUCAAGUUUGGUUAACUUCACGACAAGGUAUGGCUGCACGACGAGGCCGAGCUGCACAAAGGAAUGUACCUUGGGACAGUUCAAAUCCAGCAAAUUGGACGAUUCAACAACUAAGGGACGAGUUAGAAUCCAAAUUCGAAAUUUACGUGCCAACGUCUAUGAGUAAAUCUACCCUUAGAGCGCUAUAUUUGGAAACGGCAGGAAGACGGCGGGAAGCAGCACCUGUUUCGUCUCGUCGCAGUGCCACAGCGGUUAGGGACGCCGGAAAUACAGAGAACGGUUCCAGACUUAUUACAUCGCCUACAUCGCAUGUGAAUCUAGCUGGUAAUUCGGGAAAUUCAGUUGUACAGAAUGACUCCACUGAAGAUUCGCGAGGACUACUUUCAGCCGCGGAGACGCAGGAGCUACAUAGUCAACAAAGUGCGACGGCCCAGGCGGACCGCAGCACUCCCAAUGCGCGGAAUAUUACUACGCCGACCCAAACAAACAUGGCGGCCCCCACGUCUGUAAUGCAAGGCAUGCUGUCGACGGUACAGACUUUACAACAGACCGUGCAGUCCAUGCAACAAGCCAUGAUCACCUUAAUUUCUCAACGAAAUACCCCUUCCAUCACUCCAACGCCAGCCCCCAACAAUCUGGAAGCCGCGUACGCCGCUAUGACAGCUAGAACAACAGGGAGCUCGAGUCGAACAACAACUCAUGCAGAUCCAGAAGUUUCGACAGCUAGCUCCUAUGGCCAAUCCCAACCCUUGUCAAGUUCCCCCACCGGGGAUGGUGCUUUGGGACUCGACCAAGUCAUCAACAGCUUGUGGACAGCAGCCAUAGCACCUAGUACCAGACAGGCCUACACUACAGGAUUCAAUGUGUAUAUCAGAUUUCUGAUCAUGGCAGGUAUUUUAAUGAAUGCCUCCUUUUCAGAUGUCCCGGUAUCGGAGGACUUGUUAUUAUCAUUUGUGGCCCAUUGUUUCAGUGCCUUAGAACUUUCAUACUCCACUAUCAAACUAUAUAUGUGCGGUAUACGUUUUAUAUGCCUUGAGAAGAACAUUAAUCACCCAAGUUCAUCAGAACUUCCACGCGUGCAUGCUAUUUUGAACGGAGUAAAACGCAGACAAGUACGGAGAACAGCGUCACGACAUCCAGUAACAUUCAGUGUGUUAAAACAAGUCUGUGAAUAUUUUCGUAAACAACCCACAGACCUUAUGUUGGAAACAGCUUGUACCAUAGCUUUUUUCGGAUUUUUGCGCUGUGGUGAAUUCACAGUGAAGGGUCAUUUCGAUCCAUCAAUAGAUUUGUGUAUCAAUGACUUGGUCCUAUCUACAGAGUGUGCCUUACUCACCCUUAAGCAAUCUAAGACAGACCCGUUCAGAGAAGGGAUCACAAUCAAACUCUUCAGUACAGGCAAAUCCAUCUGUCCUUAUGAUAUUUGUUGUAAAUUCUUGAAACAAAGGAUGGAGUCGGGACCUUCGGCUUCUGAUCCUUUAUUUGUUAAUGAUCAAGGACUAAUACUAACCCGAACGUUGUUCAUCAGCAAAUUUAGACACGCGUUAGAAUGUGUUGGUAUCAACUCUAACAAGUACAAUGGUCACUCUUUCAGAAUUGGAGCAGCCACUACGGCAGCUCAAGCUAAUAUUGAGGACCACAUGAUCAAAACCCUAGGUAGAUGGUCAUCAGAUGCUUAUUGUCGCUAUAUUAGAACAUCAACUUCUUCUAUUAAAAAUGCUCAAAGAUCACUUAUUAUAGGAUAGUACAUGCUUAGAUGUAUGUGUGGAGAAUGUAUGAUUAGAGAAGAUUGCUAUAUGUUGCACUUAUACUUACUUUAUUGCUCAUAUGUACAUAUAUAUAUCUACAUUUAAUACAAUUAUGGGGCACUCAGCUUAAUAAUUUCUUAUCAAUCUGAGUUAUGGCUAUUCGCUCAUUAACAUUCAAAUGUGGUAAUUUGAUGACUAUUCGCUUUACCCCAUAAUUGAUUACAUUGAAUUCUCAAAUAUAGGCGUUCCAGAUCUUCUUCCGGCUCUUGUAGUUUACAGCUACACCGAGUUGAAGAUGCUGUGUCUUGGCAUAAGCCCUCUUCCGGCUCUUGUGUACGUAUACAGCUACACCGAGUUGAGGUCACGUCACCAAAUACUGGUACCCCUCUUCCGGCUCUUGUAGUUUCGGCAACACACCGAGUUGAGGGCUAGCAUAUCAUUUGAAGACUUGUUCCAUACCCUCUUCCGGCUCUUGUAGUAAUGCUUACAUACAGCUUGCCUACACCGAGUUGAGGGUUAUGAACAAGUUUCAUAUUAUCUGCCCCUCGUCCGGCUCUUGUAGCUAUUAUACCACCAUAUAUACACACAAACUAUGCUACACCGAGUCAAGGGGUAAAUAAUAUUUUUAGGUUAGUGUAAGUAAGCUGAGUCUGCCCCAUUCGCCAAUUUAUGUUUAAAUUGUUUAUGAUUGGUCAUAUAUUACGUUGGAUCGAGUGAUGGAAUGAGUGUGUGUAUAUUGUACGUGUUAACAUGUGUUGCAACACUUAUGUCAUUUGUAUGUAGUAUACAGUACUCUUGACUUAUUCAUGCAUAUGAUUGAUAUGUGAUAUGUUCUUAUUAUCAUUAAUAAAUGUAGAAUUAGUAUCUGUCGUACAGUUAUUUGUUUGAAUAUAAAUUAAGGUUUAUGGAAAUAAACCAGGUUUAUAUUCAACAAUAACCAUACCCUCUCAGUUACAUGAUUAUUUUAGUAUUAUGUGCGGUACGUAUACUGGUAUAUUUAUCCAGUUUCCCAGAUCGUUUGUUGUGACUGUGGUCAGUUUGAUGUAUACAGAACCGGGGCCAAAGACGAAAUACAUAAUUAGGGAUCAUAAUGCUGACCGCUGAUUGGCUGAAGAUAGCAGUGGUCAGUCAGUCCAAGUUCAGCAGCAGUAGCCAUUUUGUAGGCAGUAGAAUUGUGAAUUGAAACCACCACCAUCCCCGCCACUCACCUUUAUUGGGCAGACUCCGCGGUUAGGUAGGAGGCAAUUCUCUGAUUAAUGUAAUAUAAAUGAGGAAUUCGCUCAUUGACACUCAAAUGUGGUAAUUUGAUGAUUUAUGCAGGUAUUUGCUCAUAAGGCUAGCUAUUCGCUCAUUAACAUUCAAAUGUGGUAAUUUGAUGACUAUUCGCUUUACCCCAUAAUUGAUUACAUUGAAUUCUCAAAUAUAGGCGUUCCAGAUCUUCUUCCGGCUCUUGUAGUUUACAGCUACACCGAGUUGAAGAUGCUGUGUCUUGGCAUAAGCCCUCUUCCGGCUCUUGUGUACGUAUACAGCUACACCGAGUUGAGGUCACGUCACCAAAUACUGGUACCCCUCUUCCGGCUCUUGUAGUUUCGGCAACACACCGAGUUGAGGGCUAGCAUAUCAUUUGAAGACUUGUUCCAUACCCUCUUCCGGCUCUUGUAGUAAUGCUUACAUACAGCUUGCCUACACCGAGUUGAGGGUUAUGAACAAGUUUCAUAUUAUCUGCCCCUCGUCCGGCUCUUGUAGCUAUUAUACCACCAUAUAUACACACAAACUAUGCUACACCGAGUCAAGGGGUAAAUAAUAUUUUUAGGUUAGUGUAAGUAAGCUGAGUCUGCCCCAUUCGCCAAUUUAUGUUUAAAUUGUUUAUGAUUGGUCAUAUAUUACGUUGGAUCGAGUGAUGGAAUGAGUGUGUGUAUAUUGUACGUGUUAACAUGUGUUGCAACACUUAUGUCAUUUGUAUGUAGUAUACAGUACUCUUGACUUAUUCAUGCAUAUGAUUGAUAUGUGAUAUGUUCUUAUUAUCAUUAAUAAAUGUAGAAUUAG